CUGUCUAGUUUUAAGUUUUCCACAAAGGAACACGCUAAUGAUGAAUGAACAGUUGAUUCACAAAAACACUCAUUUAGACGCCAAGUGUGGGCCUAUUUUUGAGUGUUUAAAUUAGAGGAGAAAAAGAAGGGAAAGCUCUCUCUCAGUUCUCAUUUUCAUGUCAUGACACGAACAUGAAAGACUUUUAUAUUGAAACAGAAGAAGCACAAGUCAACGUAAACGUAGAAAGUUUGAAGAUUUGACCGAAAAUCCACAGUCCAACUCGGUUGUCCGAAACUUAGAUAGAACUCGAAGGCGGCUGCUACCGAACCCUCCCUCGCCCAUCACUAUGAGUUGUUUGGCUCACGCUAUGACUAUGAUUCCCCUGUUUUUUUAUUAUUCAAUAUCUUUUCUUUUGUCAAUACCUCAAUACCCAUUGUUGGCUUCUUCUUCUCCUUCUUCCACAUUCCCAAUUUCACUUCCUCUUCGGAAUUGGAUUCUUCGAUCCUUCUCUUCUUCGCCGCUUGCUUCCAUUUUUCGGCUACGAAACGUCUCUCUUUGACCCCGUCUUCAUCUUCUUCUUCUUGUCUUCUUUUGAAAAAAAUAAUAAUAAAAUAAGACGUUAGAGCGAAGAGAAAUUCCUGUUUUUUUUUUUUUUUUAAGAUUUUGGUGAAUAGAGGAGACGGAAUCAAUCUGUUUUGGUUUUGAUCGUAUGGGUUUUUGGAGUUGUUAUAACUAGAAGUAAUUUACUUGGGCUGUUUGGGUGUGUUUGGCAAACUAGAAAAGUUGUGCUUGGUGAAUUGAGAUUGGCUCUGGUGAUGAUAUUUUGGAUACAAUACUAAAAUUUGAGCUGUGGGUUUUGUUGAGGGGUGUUAGAGCUCAAAUGGGUGGGAUUUGUUCGAAAGGAUCCUCUAAAGUUGAGAAUCCAUAUGGGGAAGGAAAUGGGCAUGUUGAUCGUCACAAGUCUGAUAAAGGAGAGUACCAGUCAAGUGUGAAGACCAUGGUUACGCCGCCUCCGGUGAUUGGAAUCAAGGAGGAUAAGUUACAAGAGCAGAAGCAGCAGUUGCAGGAUCCUGUUGGGUUACAGAAAAUUGAUGCUGCUGCUCCUGGCGAUGAUUUCUACGAUGGGAUUCCACGGUAUCCGAGGGCUCAGAAGUCUCGAUCCGUCAGGUCGACACAGGCGGCGGUGGCCAAGGUUUCCGAGGUAAGUUCACGUUUAGGUAGGGCUGGUACAGCUGGGUUGGGAAAGGCAGUGGAGGUUUUGGAUACGCUUGGGAGCAGCAUGACUAAUUUAAAUGCUGGAGCUGGAUUUGCUACAACAGCACCCAGUAAAGGCAAUGAAGUGUCAAUUUUAGCAUUUGAGGUUGCAAAUACCAUAGUUAAGGGUUCUAAUCUCAUGCAAUCACUUUCAAAAAGAAGUAUUCAACAAUUGAAAGAGGAGAUUCUUCCUUCCAAAGGUGUGCAGCAUUUGAUAUCUAACGAUACAGAUGAACUGCUAAGGAUUGUUGCAGCUGACAAAAGGGAGGAGUUGAAAAUAUUCUCUGGGGAGGUUGUUCGUUUUGGAAAUCGCAGUAAAGAUCCUCAGUGGCACAACUUGGACCGUUAUUUGGAAAAAAUCAGCAGGGGACUAAAUUCUGAAAAGAAUUUGAAGGAGGAGGCAGAUUUGGUGAUUCAACAACUAAUGAAUUUAGUUCACAUAACUGCUGAAUUAUACCAUGAACUACAUGCACUGGACAGGUUUGAAUUAGAUUAUCAGCGUAAGCGUGUAGAAGAAGAGAUGUCAACAAGUACUCAGAAAGGCGAUAAUAUGUCACUCUUGAGGUCAGAACUGAAAAGCCAAAAGAAAAUUGUUAAGAACUUAAAGAAAAAGUCACUUUGGUCUAAAAGUCUGGAAGAGAAAAGAAUAUCCAAGAUGGAUGCUCCUAGUGUUCACAAUCAGGUAAUGGAGAAGCUUGUAGACAUUGUCCAUUUUCUACAUCUAGAGAUACAAAAUGUGUUUGGUGAUGCUGAUGAUGAACAUAUACCAGCAGCAGAAGAAACUCCAAGCAGCCGUAAAAAAUUGGGACCUGCUGGGCUUGCACUGCAUUAUGCAAAUAUAAUUAUUCAAAUUGAUACCCUUGUAGCCCGAUCAAGUGCAAUGCCUCCUAACACAAGGGAUUCUUUGUACCAGAGUUUGCCACCAGCACUAAAAUCAUCUUUGCGCUCCAAAUUAAAAUCCUUCCAUGUCAAAGAAGAGAUGACUGUUAAAGAAAUCAAAGAUGAGAUGGAGUUAACUCUUGGCUGGCUUGUCCCAGUUGCUACAAACACAGCCAAAGCUCAUCAUGGUUUUGGAUGGGUUGGAGAAUGGGCAAAUACUGGUUCUGAUGGGAGCCGAAAGGCAGCUAUUCAAACUGAGAUAAUGCGAAUUGAGACACUUCACCAUGCGGAUAAGGGAAAAACAGAGUCCUGCAUACUUGAGAUGUUGUUGUGGCUUCAUCAUUUAGCCUCUAAAAGCAAAUCUGCCAACACAGAGGUUAACAAGUCACCUUUCAAGUCCACAUCCGACCCAAUGGCAAAUCAGGAGCCCAAGGACAUGCAAACCAAUGCAAAGUCAGUAGUGCUAACGCCUGAAGACUAUGCAAUUCUGCAGGCGACAACCAAGAAAAGAAGAAUUCCAGGUAUCAGCAAAAGCCAGGACUUCGACGCUGAGAGGACCUGUUCGAGAAAACGCAGCUCUCUUACACGGAGUAGCAGCUAUUCUCCUAGAAGAGAAAGCAGCAAGGAACCGCUACCUUUCAAUAGGCUUUCUUCUGGGGUUCGUGUUCUGGAUCUCGUAUUUGAGAAACAGAAAGUAUUGGAUAUGAUAGACAGAGUGGAAAUACAUAGAUAGAUCACAGAUAUUCUGUUGAUCCUGAAUUUGCACCCGGGAGUGAUGAGAGGGGCCAGUCGUGUUCUGUAAAUUUACUACACUUCGUUCUAUUUUUUAUUUAUUUUAUUAGGAUGUUGCACUUGGGUCGAGAAGAAUAUCAAACUAUAUUUUUGGGUUGGGAAAUAUAACCUUUACACUUGAAAAUAUAUCUAUAUAUUGAGAGUGAAGAAUGUCGCUAGGUAGAAAGACCAUCGAUAUUAUGAUAUUAUUGGGUGCACAGUUAGAAAUAGGAACUUGUUGAACUUGAGGUUUUGGAGUAAUAGUUAAAGAAUAUGACUAUAGCAACUAUUACCUUUUUCAAUAGUGUAUAAUAAAUAAACAAGAUUCUAUGUAACA